AGGCAUUUGCUGCUUCCGUUGCACAUGUAAACAGAUGGCUACCGGUGGUGGAGGGUUGCUCUCGGUGGAUUUUGAGGUUAUCGGCAAAGUACAAGGUGUUUUCUUUCGCAAGUAUACACAGAAAAAUGCAUCACAGCGGGGACUGGUAGGCUGGGUUCAGAACACAGAACGAGGCUCUGUCACAGGCAAAAUGCAGGGCCCAGAAAAAGAGGUCAAGGACAUGAAAAGAUGGCUGAAGAAAACUGGGAGCCCCAAAUCAAGGAUUGACAGGUGCAUUUUUAAAGAUGAACAAACAAUAACACAGAAAGAAUUUAGGAGUUUUGACAUCGUCAAAUGAGUAUUAAUUUCUAUUCUGCGGUUGAUAUUGUUUAAGGUUGACAUUUUAAUCUCUGCCAAUACCAAGGACUAAGGAUUUCCGACCUGAGAAAUGACACACUUUAACAUGGUAAAAGAGUUAUUUUUCUUUUAAAUAGAAAGAUGUGCAUCAAAAACUGCCUAACAAAGGACUAAGCAUUCCCGUUCUGCCAUUGAACAAACAUGUUGCAAGGUUUUGCAUGUGUUAACUAGAGACAUGGAACUACUAUUCUUAAAGUACAUAUGUUGAAGUGAUAUCAAAUAUUUGAUCUUCAUAUACUUUCCCCAUUAUGUUUUGUAUGAAAAAUAUGGGAGAUAGAUGGUUCACGAGAUAUAGCUUCAUGUUGUGGUUACAGUAAAUAUUUAACAUAUUUUUAGGAUAUAUGCUACCUUAUGCAUCAAUCCUGUAAAUUUGUGUUAGUUAUCUUCCUGAUGAUGUUUUAAUUAACAGUAUUAUGUCAUGUAGGGAUGAAUGAAUUUAUUUUGUUUCCCCAAACCAAUUAAAAGUUCAUAAAAGUA